UCAAAACAAAGAGGAGAGACGGGAGGCGUGUGCGGCGCGCGGGGCGCAGAGCUCCUCGGAUUGGCCGGGCCUCCGGGGGCUUCAGAUCGGUUGGGCGAAGAUGGAGGGGAGCCUCGAAGGCGGCGGUCUUUCGGGGCCCGAGGGCCCCCAGACCAACGGGGAGACCACGCAGACCUGUAAGGAGAUGCAGAGCCGCGUGCAGGAGACCCUGGAGUGGCUGUCCCCGCAGGAGCUGCGCAAGUUCCGCGCCAUCCUGCAGAAGGUGGACGAGGAGCCGCGCGUGACCGCGCUGAAGCUGGAGCUGGAGGGCGGCAGCACCCGGGGGCUGGCCCAGCUCCUCGCCAAGCACUACCACCCGUGUGCCGCGCCGCGCGUCCUCAUCAAGGUCCUGCGGCAGCUGCCCCGCACCGACCUGCUGCCGCGCUGGCAGAGCGACCCCGCCGACGGCCAGGUGAUCCCAAGGAAAGCUCUAAAGAGAAGCUAUGACUGUGUGGACGGUGACUUGGACUGUUACGACCUGAGAGGCAGGCGGAACGCUUUCCUCAUGUGUGUGAAGAAGAACAGGCCAGGGUCUGACCGGGAUGUUGUUCUAAUGAAGGAAUGGCUUGGCCAGUGCCAGUUUGAAUAUACGUCAUGCAUCGACCCUGACAAAAAGGAGUUACUUGAAAAACUAACAUCAUUUCGUGAUGGAUUAAAUGAAAUUAAAGAUGAAAUUAGCUGCUGCCUUGUCACUCUUAUGUCCCAUGGAGAAAAAGGCUCUCUUAAAAUAAGAGAUGAUGAAAGAGUCAGCCUGGAAGAGAUUUUUGAAAUGUUUAAUAAUAAAAAUUGUCCAGCACUUAAGGAGAAACCAAAGAUCUUUAUAAUCCAGGCCUGCAGAGGAGAGAGAAGAGAUAGUGGUGUUGAAACAGAUGACGAACCCAUGGACUUGGAUGACAUAUCAGAGAAGAAGAGGCUGCCCACGUUCAGUGAUUAUUUCAUCAUCUAUCCUACCCAGGCAGAUCAUGUUGCUUUACGACACCCCCACACUGGCUCUGUGAUGAUCGAAGCAAUGACUAAAAUCUAUCAACAGCAUGGAAAUAAGUGGCACAUCGUUGACUUUUUCACCAAAGUGAAUAACAAGGUGGUGCACACGGAAUUUUUUCUACGCGAGGAACCAAUAAAAGUGUCGCUCGUCAUGGAAUCAACUCUAACUAGAUUCGUGUACUUUUGACGUCGGGACGGUUUCAGAAAUAAGGACUUUUUUAUCAUAGACUUUGUAAAGAACUGUGAGGCUUUGUAGCAUAGGACAAAUGAGUAUCAUUUUGUCUUAUUUUUGUCACUGGUUGUAUUUCUCUCAUUUGUUUUGUAUACGUAUGCUGUUUUUCUAAGAUUUAACUCUGCGUAUUUGGAGUUUGUAAAUAAUUAGACUUUUUUUUUUUUUUUUUUUUACUGAAUUUCUUACUUCCUGAACUGUUAUG